AAUGACCUAGGUUUAGGAAAUAGAUUUAUUGUAUGCCAACUGGAGAUUAUUUUCACGUUCAGAUUAAGAUUAGGAAAUUAUUAUAACAAAAUAGUAAUUUCGUUUUCUCAAAGCUUGACAAAUCUUUUUGUUUUGAAAGGCCUGAUUUCAGCCUAUCUCAAGAAAUGUGAAAUCACAAAUGCACAAAAUGUUUAUGCUAUUUUUGUAUUCAUAACGAAGAAGUUGUCAAAUUGAUAGUUCUGUACUUCUUCUUAUAAUAAACUGCUUGUUUUAUAGGUCCUGGAAGCUGAAUCAGAUGAAUCUCUGCUAAAUAUAAUUUUUCAAAACAGCGGGAUGUUCCAAACUGCUGGUUGCUUCAGAAGUGUGAAGAUUUCUGAGAAGAAAACUUUUGUAGAGGAGUAUCUCAGAUGGUACAUCCUUGACAGAAACCACAGUGCCAUUCAACGAUUCAAAGAUGGACUGGCAAGUCUGGGGUUUUUCGCUGCACUGCAACAGCAUUUCAGUGUCCUGUCCCCAGUCCUAUGUUUCUCUGCCAAGGCCCUGACUGCUUCAGACUUGGAGACCAUGUUCAAACCAGAUCUCAGCCCAGUAGGAACCAAUAGGCGGCAAAAGGAGGGCAAAACUAUCGUCUUCUGGGCAGAUUAUUUGCUUGAUUGCGAAGAGAAAAACACUGCUGUAUGUCUAGAGGAAGUCCUGAUGUUUGCUACAGGUCUGACAGCGAUUCCACCAGCAGGCAUGAUGCCAUCCCCACAUCUUGAGUUUUUGAGUGAUUCACCCUUUCCUGUUGCAAACACCUGUGCAAAUACACUGAAACUGCCACUUUUGGAAUCUUACGCUGCUUUUAGGGCUAACAUGGACUUUGGAAUACAAAAUGCUCCGGGAUUCGGAUGCUACUGAAACUGAAAGAAGAGAUUUCUUGGCAGUCUUGUUCUAAUGCUGUUGGCAUUCAGCUAAUUUUGUGAUGGUUGCUCCAUGGGUCCAUGUUGUUCUCCAUUUCUGGGUGGCAAAGCCUUGCCAUAAUUUCUGAAAAGAUUAGAUAAUAUGAUGUCCUUUUCAAAGUGAUAGCUUUGAAAGGGACAUCAGCUUAUGAAGUCAACAAUCCGUUAGGGCAAAUUCUGUAUUUUUUUUUAGAGUGGUGUAUGUCUGGUUUAGGCUCAUGGUCCGGGCAUUUCUAAUAUGUCCAUAAUAUAGUUUUUUGUAUCAUCUUAAAAGGGGAUACACUCGGCUUUCAUUUAAGCCAAGUUUUGAAUCUGACCAACUCAGGUCACCAGAGCUUGUUAAAACAAAAUAACAUGAAUCCUUUUCGCCUAACCAAGAAACUUUGUUUGUAAUCCAAUGGUAUCCAGGGACACAAGAGUUGACAACUGAAAUACUCAGACUAAGAAAUCCUGAAAUGUACCAAAUCUAUACUACCAUGCAGUCAUGUUUUUAUGUGGUUAUUAUGGAUUACAUAAUGGUGGACUAAUCUAAAAAACAGUAUAUGGUAUACAUUUCCAGAUUUCUUAGUCUGAGUAUUUCAGUUGUCAACUCUUGUGUCCCUGAUGUCCCUGGAUACCACUGGACUAAAAACAAUGUUUCUUGGUAAGGCAAAAAGAGUUUGUGUUAUUUCUGUUUAACAAGCUGUGGUGACCUCCGAGUUGGUCAGAUUCGAAGCUUGGCUUAAAUGAAAGCCGAGUGUAUUCCCUUUUAAAAUGAUACAAAAUUUUAUAUUGUAGAGCUUUGACAAAUGCCCGUAUCGUGAGCCUAAACCAGACAUACACCAGUCUCAAAUAACAGAAUUUGCCCAAAGGGAUUGUUGACUUCAUGAGCUGAUAACUAUGAAUAAACUGCCACUUUAGAAGGGCUAUCCUUCUAAAGUGGCAGUUUAUUCAGUUAUCAGCAUGAUUUCAUAUGAUUUUGCUAUCAUAUGAAAAUAUCUAAAAAUAGAUAAUAUUUUAUGUUAUAUGUUCUUACCAUAACAAUGAGUUUUCAUUUGAGUAAAAUGAA